CAUAAAUAUCUUCGUAUGUAGGUGUGUAGGUAGGCGCAUAUCACAAUCAUACGUGAUACGCCUGCGCGCGAAUUUGCCCUCGGUCUCCCUCAAAGAGUCGAAGCCGAUUUUCUCUCGCGUCUCAGUCCUCAGUCUGCUUCCGUCGCUGACAUAGGUCAGAGAAGCUGGCUCCGCGACGCGGAGCCAUACUGAUCGUUACGUUGACGACGAUUGAGUUUAACAGUGAGUACGACAGAUCGUCGUAUUUCGAUCGUGAUCUUGAGAUCUUGACGAUUCGCGAAAAAUCGUCACGCAACGGAACAACGCAUCUCACGAGAUAGAUCAAGCGUGAUAGCAACACGUGCUCUUCACUCACGUUCGAAAAGUGCCGCGAUUUUUCGCGCUCAUUUUCACGUAUGUGUGUAUGUGUUAAAUUAGUGUUUAUAUUUUACCGUGUGUGUUUCUUUGUUUCUUAGAUUUUUUUUUUUUUAAAGAUAUUAAUCGAAGUAGUAGAUCUCAUGAACUUAUUCUGCAUUGUCUUGGUGGACUAUCAUCGUUGUCUCAUCGCACACCGGCAGAAAUUGCUACAGUCCAAUCUCCGACUCUGCUGACUCUUCAACAGGUGGCUGAAAUCGAUCUCUCACUUAUAACAGUGGGGUGAUCCUUCAAUUCACGGUUCACGGGUCAACGUUGCUGGCGAACGCUUUGUUUCGGAAUCUCUUCCGAUUAAUUGCCUGAAUCUCAUUACCGACGAGGUAGAGAUCAAGGACUAGAGAAGUUUUCUUACUUCUUUCUUUCAAGGGAAAUCAAGAAAAUGGAGAGAGAUAACCAAACUACAGUAAAUAACUUGCCGCAAGAUAUGAUGUCGAAUCUGGCUGUGCAGCUAGUGUUCUAUGUGAUCUACAGUGUUAUUUUCUUCUUGGGACUAUUUGGUAAUAUGUUGGUGAUCUUCGUCGUCGGGCGAAACCAUCGGAUGCAGACAGUUACCAAUCUCUUUAUCGCGAAUCUCGCGCUCAGUGACAUGCUGCUCUGUUUGUUAGCUGUGCCCUUUACUCCUUUGUAUACUUUUCUAGGCGGUUGGGUUUUUGGUAAAACUCUUUGUCAUUUGGUACCUUACUCUCAGGCCGUCAGCGUGUAUAUUAGUACGCUCACAUUGACAAGCAUAGCAGUCGACCGGUUCCUGGUGAUCAUCUAUCCAUUUCAAGCGCGUAUGAUGAUCAGGACAUGCUUAGUGAUCAUUAUGGGUAUUUGGUUGAUCUCGUUACUAAUUACUUUACCAUUUGGCCUCUACAUGCGCCAAAUUGAAGACGAAUCACACGUCUUCUGGUGCGCGGAGAAUUGGCCCAGCGAGUCGUUUCGCCAAAUUUUCAGUGCGUUUACGUCGGUAAUGCAGUACGUCGUGCCGUUUUUUGUGAUCGCCUUUUGCUAUAUAUGUGUGUCAAUCAAACUGAACGAUCGAGUGCGCGCUAAACCCGGUAACAAGUCUAACAAGCGUGAAGAAGAGGAGCGCGAGAGAAAACGCCGGACAAAUCGGAUGCUGAUUGCCAUGGUUUCAGUAUUCGGUGUAUGCUGGUUGCCGUUGAACAUCGCUCUCAUCAUUGCCGACUUCUACACAACUGUUUACUAUGAUUGGCCCUACUUUCGCUUCUACUUCUUUAUAUCACAUUGCAUUGCAAUGAGCAGCACGUGUUACAAUCCAUUCCUCUACGCCUGGCUUAAUGAAAAUUUUCGAAAGGAAUUUCAACAGAUCCUUCCGUGUUUUCUAAGAAGUGCUAACGGCAACAUUCCAAGGACCAAUGAGACUUGCAGAGGCGACAAGAUAGAUAAUGGUAAUAAUACCAUGCAAGAGACCUUACUAGCCAGUACGAAAGCGCAGAAUCUCGAUGGAUGUGAGAUGAUCAUGCUAGAGAGGACUACGAACGCGAAAAAUCAGCUGAAUCAGCCCUCGUGCUCGAAGGAUUCUGACGACACUUUGUAAGGGAAGGCGCAAAAGUAAAGAUUUAGCGACCUGUUGUCAUUGUCAUCGUCGUCCAUUCUUGUCACUACGAGAGCCGUUGUCGAAUAAAGUCGAGGAGAGUGCUCAUCUCAAGGAUCAACAUCCCGACUCCAGGCGAUCUCUCGGGAGGUUCUACGACGUAUAUGAUUUUUGUAUAAAAAUAUCUACCAUCCCGUUACGCACUCCCUCGCGUCAGAUAACUCCCGUCAACGUGUUCGCCCUUACAGAAAUGUAAGGGCGACAGCAUUAAAUUGGCGAAUAAUUUAAGUAAUAAAUUACUUAUUUCAAAUGUUAAAAGUAUAAAAAACACUACUUUUAUAUUAUUCAAAAUGAAUAAUAUAUUACUUAAAUUGCUCGGAUAUUUAUUACUGUCAGUAUUAAAUUUCUAUAAAGACGUUGCUGAAUUUAGUAAAAAUUAAAAUUUUUUUUGCUCGAAAUUCUAACUUGUCAUGGACCGACUUGACUUUUCGAUAAAUUAGGGACGUAAUUCUCUCUGCCAAAUCAUCUUUUAAUUACUCAGCAGCGUGGCUGGGUUUUGCGAAGUAUUAUUUAUAUGAAUUCUUUGCUAUAUUUAAGAGAAAUUCUUUCAAGAAAGAAACAUGAUUAGAAAAUAAAAUUUAUCAAUGAACGAAGAUUUUUCCUACGGAAAUAUGAAACAUUGAUUUCCAUUUUCUCAUCCGGUGUAAAAAAAUGUAAUCUAGAGAGCUGUUACGUCUUUUAUUAUUCUUUUCUUUCGUACAUACAUUCAGAAUUUGCCGAGAUUGUUUUACUGGCCCAACAUUGAUCUAGUAUUGGCAGCCAAGAGUUAGCAAACAAUCUCGUGUGUUUCAAUACUAAUUAAUAAUUGGGCCAUUGACAGGUCGUUAUAAAACAUAGAUGUGAGCUAGCACAUGCGCGACAAGUCAAGCUGGCUCUGGCUACGACGCAGAGGCAUUGAACUACAUAUAAUGCCGACAGUAUCGUAACAACACAAUUAAAUCGCAAAGUUAAAUUCGUCUUUUUUUAUAAUAAAUUCAUAUUGGAUAUUAAUAAAGUAUAUCAAUAAAUAUUGCUACGUAUAACUUAUUGUAUUUUAAGUUUUACAAGCGAGGUAUAGUUAUAAUUACUAUAUAAUUGCGUUAAUUAUACAACGUGUAGACAAUAAAAAGUAUAUGCAUCAAGUCAAAAUGACGUAAAGUGGAUAAAGUACGGCGCUCAUUAUCUUGAAGUCCCUGAUUCAAAAUCUAUCAAUAAUAAAAAAAAAAAAUAUAUAUAUAUAUAUAUAAAUUUUUUUCAUUUUAUUUAAUAUUGGUCAAGUUAUACCUCAUACUAUUUUAAUAUAUGAUUCCAGUACUGAUCCGUUCAUGUUUCCAGUGCUGGAUCAUCAUUGGCAAACAUGGCAUAAUAUUACUUCUGCGUCGAAUUUGUACUUACACAAGACUAACAGCCAGCACCGUCACGAUGGCAAACAAUUCUGUUCCAAUAUUGAGUCGUUUUGACAUUUCUACAUGGGUCGUUACUUGUAAUGCGUUACUUCCCUGACUUUAUCAAUAAGCUUUGUGUUAUAAGGCUCAUUGAUUACAAUAAAUUAAACGGAAAUGUUCAAUAAUAA